CAUCCCUGCUACUACUCUAGACCUCAGAAUAUAAGCCUCUUGCUUAAUUUUAGGACUCCUAACAAAGGCCUUGGAGUGUCACUGGCAGAAUGCCGCAGGAAUGAGAGCUCCUCCCAUUUCUCACAGCCUCCUCCAACUCUUAAAACAUUUCUGACUUCCUCCCAGCACACAACCAACACAGAAAACUACUCCGUCAGAGAGGGCACCAAAAGGCAAAAACGGAGGACACCAUGGCAAAGAAAGUGGCAGUGAUUGGAGCUGGGGUCAGUGGCCUGAUCUCUCUGAAGUGCUGUGUGGAUGAGGGACUUGAGCCCACUUGCUUUGAGAAGACUGAAGAUAUUGGAGGGCUGUGGAGGUUCAAGGAAAAUGUUGAAGACGGCCGAGCGAGUAUCUAUCAAUCCGUCAUCACCAACACCAGCAAAGAAAUGUCCUGUUUCAGUGACUUUCCAAUGCCUGAAGACUUUCCAAACUUCCUGCACAAUUCUAAGCUCCUGGAAUAUUUCAGGAUUUUUGCCAAAAACUUUGAUCUUCUAAAAUAUAUUCAGUUCCAGACAACCGUCCUCAGUGUGAGAAAACACCCGGAUUUCUCAUCCUCUGGCCAAUGGGUGGUUGUUACCGAGAGAAACGGCAAGGAGCAAAGUGCUGUCUUUGAUGCAGUCAUGGUUUGCAGUGGCCAUCACAUCGUCCCUAACAUCCCACUGGACUCAUUUCCAGGUAUCCAGAAGUUCAAAGGCCAGUAUUUCCAUAGCCGCCAAUAUAAGCACCCAGAGGGAUUUGAAAGGAAACGCAUUUUGGUGAUUGGAAUGGGAAACUCAGCCUCAGAUAUCGCCGUCGAGCUGAGUAAGAAGGCUGCUCAGGUGUUUAUCAGCACCAGACAUGGUUCCUGGAUCUUGGGCCGUAUCUCUGAAGAUGGUUAUCCUUGGGACAUGGUGUACCACACCCGGUUUAGCUCCAUGCUCAGAAACGUCCUGCCACGAAAAGUUGUAAAAUGGAUGACAGAACAACAGAUGAAUCGUUGGUUCAACCAUGAAAAUUAUGGCCUUAUUCCUCAAAACAAAUACCUUAUGAAAGAACCUGUACUAAAUGAUGAUCUUCCAAGUCGUAUACUCUGUGGAGCCGUCAAGGUGAAAUCAAGAGUGAAAGAGCUCACAGAAACCUCUGCCAUCUUUGAAGAUGGCACAGUGGAGGAGAACAUCGAUGUCAUUGUCUUUGCAACAGGAUAUACUUUCUCUUUUCCCUUCCUUGAAGAUCAUCUUGUCAAAGUAGAGAAUAAUAAGGUCUUGCUGUACAAAUAUAUGUUCCCUCCUCACCUGGAGAAGUCAACUCUUGUAUGCAUUGGUCUCAUCCAGCCCCUAGGUUCCAUUUUCCCAACUGUUGAACUUCAGGCUCGUUGGGUAACAAGAAUUUUCAAAGGCUUGUGUACUUUGCCCUCAGAGAGAACUAUGAUGGCAGACAUUAUCAAGAGGAAUGAAAAAAGAAUUGACCUGUUUGGAGAGAGCCAGAGCCAGAUACUGCAGACCAAUUACGUCGACUACUUGGAUGAGCUCGCCUUAGAGAUAGGUGCAAAGCCAGACCUCCUCUCUCUCUUGUUCAAAGAUCCUAAGCUGGCUAUGAAACUCUAUUUUGGGCCCUGCAACUCCUAUCAGUAUCGCCUGGUUGGGCCUGGGCAGUGGAAGGAAGCCAGGAGUGCCAUCUUCACCCAGAAACAACGGAUACUGAAGCCUUUAAAGACACGGUCACUAAAAACUUCAUCCACUUUCCUAGUUUCCUUCCUGCUGAAAAUCCUGGGGCUUCUCACUGUUGUGGCUGCCUUUUUUUUCCAGCUUCAGUGGUUCUAACCUGUCAGCAUAAUGCUUUUGACUUUAUUGUCAGUCAGUACCACUUAAAGAAAAAAAAAAAAGAAGACUAAAAGAAAAAUUAUUAAAUCUAUAUUCUGAACGUUAGAGUUGGGAGAAGCAGAGUGAGAGUUAGCAAAAUUAGGUCUAGGUAUAAAACCAAAAUGGUGUCAUGACAUUUCUUUGUCAUUCCACCCUUCCCUCAAGUUCACCAGAAUCUCCAAAAAGGAUAAUAGUACACUGGCUAAAUAGUACUGCCAAGCCCUGAUGUAAGAGAGUCAUGUGGAAAAACAGUAGAAUUACACAGGAUGAAAAGCAGGCCCCAAGGCUUAACUCACUGGAAAAUUUAAAUUGUGGGCAAAUAUUUAAACCCCUGCACAUUGUUCCUGAUAGUCUUCUAAUCCGGACUCUGGUAGCACGGUUCUCAGAUGUUAGGUCGUGCUCCAUUUUUGCUUCAUGGGGAAUCACUUAAAAAUACUGGAGGAAAAAAAUGGCUAGAAAUUAGCCUAGAAAACAAUGGCAAUGCUCAGACAGACUUUUGGGGCUUCACACUGAAAGCUGAGCAAGUAGCCAUCUUUCUUAUACUUGCCUUAUAUUUUAACAGAAACACUGCUGUAAAAAUAAAAAGAAACUUACCAUAACAGCUAUAUUUAGUGCUCAUCACAAACCAGAAAAUGUACACAUCGUAUGUAUUAUUUCAUUUAAUUUUCAUGACAAUUCCGUGAGAUGGGUGCUGCUGUUAUACCCAUUUUACAGAUGAUUAAACCGACACUCAGAGCAGUUGGGUCACAUGCCCAGGACCAGACAGCUGGUCUUGUGAUGGAGCUGGGAGUGGAACCCAGGUUUGCUUGACGCUAGAACUGAAGAUCAUAACCUUGCCCCGUAAUAUACUUAUUUACAAAAACCUCCAUUAUUAAAUGCUUAUUAAGAGCUUUAUUUAUAAUCACAUAUAUGUUCCUUCUGGAGGAACUUUACAUAGAAA